UAUCGAGUUAUAUCUUAUAUUAUUUUAUCUGAAAUUAUUAAUCCUUAUUUAUAUUGUUAGAAUAGAAAUAAGUGAAAAAAAAGGAGAACUCAACUAUACGGAUGUGAAAAUCUUAUUGACCUUCUAUAGUAUUCCCUUCAUUCCUAAAACUCUAAGGGGGUGUUUGGUUUGCGUGUUCAAGGGAUGAGAUAUGGGUUUAAAAUGAUUUAAACCCAUACCAUGGGUUUGGUUGGAAAUUUUAAGAGUUUAUGAGUUUUACUAAAAUAACACUUAUUAAUUUGAAUGUAAAAUUGGUAAAAAAACACUUACUAAUAUAAUACCACCAUUGCAAAACAGUACAUCUAUGAGUUUUAAGAUAGAUUUCACGUGUUAGCUAAAAUUAAGAGUUGACUAACCAGUCUGAAGGCCUAUGAUAUGAUUAAUGGCGGGAUGUGCCAGAGUUGAGAAUAAUUUGUUGUUAAUCAACACCUAAUUCUCCGCUUUAUUCAUAAGAGUUUCCUAAUAUAAUACCACCAUUGUCUACUUAAUAGAGAGAUACAAAAUAAUCACUAAACAUGGAAUUGACGGUAAUGAUGAAGAAAACAAAAGUGACAAAGAACAAUGUAACGUUGCUGUGAGUGACCAUUUUUACAAGUAAGGUGAUAAAUAGGAAGGGUGUGUCACAUCUACUUUUUGAUAACAAGUCUGAGAACGUUAGCUGCAUCGUUGAUUGUCCUACAUGGCUGCCUAUUGUUGCCGUACUGGCUUAUUCAUCUCUUCGAAUUCAAGCAUCUUAAAGGUUGAUGGUGAGUAAAUUGUUGCUUUGGGGCAAAAUUGGCGCAUUUGGAGCAUGCAUAUGAGGUUUUUUUAAAAGAAAGGUGAGUUCUGCAAAUUGGUUAGUAAGGAUGAUGCUGAAGGCGAGGAGCAGGUAAAUGUAAAGCUGGCAAAAUCUGACACGACACGAUAACGCGACACGAAAAAAGCGGGAUUGCAGGUAAGUUUGAGGCAACAUUUGAGCCUAUGAAGUCGGUGUCCCAGUCAAUCCAAGUACCAAAGAAUCAAUUAUCAAUGUCUGUGGCGCUAAUGACUUUCAAUCAAGAAAUGAAUAGAUCAGUUACAACUUGGAAAACUACAAUUAACAUUCGUCUCCUGCUUAUUAAUUGCCUAAUUGAAGGACGGUCUGAUAGGAUACUACGUAUGUGACUUUAAAGUUGGGGUCAAUUAUAUUUCAUCCACCCAUAUAUCAACAUUGACUGGUUAUAAAACGGAUUGAAGCUUGUCAAUUUUUUGUGUAUUCCCUGACCCAUACAGGAUUACAGGGGUACUACCUGGAAACUUUAGUGGUCAUCUUUAUAUUGUAGAUAGUGUUUGCGUGGCUGAUGUUAAUUGGAUAGAGAUAAGCAGAUGGAUUGUCUUCUUUCUUCUACCUGUGUACUGCACAUUUCACACACUAGCACAAGUCUAAUUAAUGGCCAAAAUCCCAAUGAAUGGAUUAUACAGUUUUCUAAACUAACUUAGUUUUUAUUUUUUAUAUUUUAUAUUUUAUAUUUUUUUGGCUAAUAAUCCUAUGGCUCAUACUGUCCAUUCCAAUUCAUUCCUGUUAACUACUACACCUCAUUCUAGGCUAUUACUUUCCAAGAAACCAAGGCAGAUUUCUGUCUUUGCUAAGAAUGCCGGUCCUUUUUCGUCAUUUCGGUUAAGAAAACCGUCGGCUGAGGAUUCAUCAUCAUCAUCAUCAUCAUCAUCAUCAUCAUCAUCAUCCUCAUCCUCGGAUGAUGACCAAGUUAAAAACAACAACCCCUUUCAGUUUAACUGGAGCAAGAUAUCUGAAGUUGAUGUCAGGUCACUGAUACCAGUUGUCAAAAAUUCUCCAGCCUUUGUGGGCAGUAGUAGGCAGAAGGAUGCUGGAACUGUAUUCGUGGUUGGUGCCACCGGGCAGGCGGGUGCUCGCAUUGCUCAGCAGCUAUUGCGAGAGGGCUUCAAGGUUCGCGCUGGGGUGCCAGACCUUGCUGCUGCCCAAGAAUUAGCUCGGUUUGCCUCAGACUAUAAGAUCAUAUCAAAGGAAGAACUGAAACGCUUGAAUGCUGUUGAGUCCAUAUUCAACGAUGCAGAAUCAAUCGCGAAAGCAAUAGGGAACGCUAGCAAGGUGGUUGUUACAAUUGGUUCUUCAGAGAACGGCCCUAACAAAGAGGUCACCACAUCAGAUGCUUUACAGGUGGUUGAAGCAGCUCAAUUAGCUGGUGUAGGUCACUUGGCGAUCAUAUAUGAUACUUCACCAGUUGCAACAACCAACAAUGUAUUAGAUGGGAUCUCCUCCUUUUUCAACAACCUCUUCUCACGAUCUCAACCAUUUACUGUAACCGAGUUAUUGGAAAGAGUUAUUCAAACAGAUGUUCGAUACACGUUCCUCACAACAACAUUGACUGAGGAUUUUUCCCCUGAAAGUUCUUACAAUCUUGUUGUGGCUGCAGAAGGGAGUGCUGCCACAAACGACUACAAAGUAGGCGAGGUAGCAAGGUCACAGAUGGCUUCUUUGGUGGCAGGUCUUUUCUCGAAUACAGCUGUAGCAGAAGAUAAGGUUGUGGACGUAUAUACAGACCCAUCAGCCCCAUCUAAAACUCUAGAUGAACUAUUCAGUGUCAUUCCUGAGGAUAAUAGAAGGAAAGAAUAUGCAGAAGCAGUUGCAAGAGCAAAAGCAGAAGAAGAAGCUAUAAAAGCUGCUGAGAAAGCCAGCGAAGCAGCUGAGGCUAAGAAGGAGCUCGAAGAACAAGUGAAAAAGUUGACAGAGCAAGAAGUGCGAGCUGCUAGUCUAACUGAGGAUGCUAAAGAGAAGGCAGAUAAAGCAGGGGUUUCAUUGGAUAGUUUAAUAACCAAAGCAAAAGGCAUGGGUUCGGGACUUUCCUGGGAGAAACUCGGGUCACAGCUUUCUAGUGCAGUAAAAAACUCAAAUAUCGAGAUCCCAAAAGUUCAGGUUGCUACUGUGAGAGGACAAGCAAAGGCACUGAAUUUGCCUGCACAAAAAGCCGUAACCAAACAAAAUAAUCCCAAGCUAAAAUCCAGAUCAAAAGCAAAACCAGCAGUAGAAGAGGAAAAACCUAUCAGUAAAGAGUCGAAAAAGGAAGUAAGAAACAUAUUGGGUGGUCUAUUCAAGCAAGAAACUAUUUAUGUUGAUGAUGUUUGAUGAUCAUCAGAAGAUCUGUUACUAUCCAGAGUAUCAAGUCUUCUGGUACAGUACGUUCCACGAGUCCUGGUUAAUUUCUUGUAUAUUUAUGAUUUCAAGUUCUGGUUUCCUGUAAUUUCAUUGAUGGAAAGAUAUGUUUCAUGCUAUAUAUGAAUUUCAUCCUCUCUU